AUGUCCGCCGAAAAUACCUCUGUGACGCCGCUCUGGCUGGACGUUGAUCCUGGUCACGAUGACGCAUUCGCCCUCCUCCUAGCCGCGCACAACCCCAACGUCCAUCUUCUCGGCGUCAGCACCGUCCACGGCAAUGCGUCGCUCGAGCACACCACUCAGAACGGCUUGAGCAUCCUGGAAGCCAUCGGCUGCCGCGACAUUCCUCUCUAUCCUGGCGCCAGCAAGCCUCUCGUCCGCGACGCUGUGCACGCCGCCAGCAUCCACGGCGAGUCUGGCUUGGAUGGGACGACCAUCAUGCCCAAGCCCGUGCGGGCUGCGGUCCGGGAUGUCGACUGCGUCGAGGCCAUGUACAAGGCUCUGAUCACGACGCCUCCGAAGACGGCUUGGCUUGUUGCGACGGGAACGUUGACGAAUGCGGCACGCGUCAUCAAGGAGCACCCUGAUUUGGCGGGGCAUCUGAAGGGCUUCAGCAUCAUGGGCGGUGCUAUAGGCGGCGGCUUCACGGAUGCACCGCUGGGAAGGGUAGCGGGUGAAGGGGAGAGGGUUGGUAACUGGACGCCGUACGCAGAAUUUAACAUUUAUUGCGACCCCGAAGCAGCCCAGUUCCUGCUCACCCACCCCAUCAUCGCCCCCAAAACCACCAUCAUGCCCCUCGACGUAACCCACCAAGUCCUCGGCACGCCAUCCGUCCAAAGCAAACUCCUCGGCCUCCCCGGCGGUAUCCCAGCCCGCGACUCCCCCGAAAAGCCUCUGCCAACGCCCAUCCGCGCCCUCUUCCACGAAAUCAUGACCUUCUUCGCCAAAACAUACGCCGAAGAAUUCGCCCUCACCGACGGCCCACCCCUGCACGACCCGCUCGCCGUGGCCGCGACCUUCGCGCCCGACCUCUUCGUCGACAACGGCGGCGAGAGAUUCGCCGUCCGCGUCGUCACCGACGGCGAGCACCGCGCCGACCCGGCCCUCAACCUGGCCGACGCCGAGGCCGUGGGCCAGCUGGGCCGCACACUAAUCACUGAAGUGGUGGCGGAAGAGGAAGGUAGGAGAGAAGGCGUCCGCAUACCGCGCACGUUGGACGUAGCGCGAUUCUGGGAUUUGAUCGACCAGGCGCUGGCGGCUGCGGAGAAGGUGUCGCCGUUGCCGGCGUUGGAGGCUGAUUGGUGGAAGACGAGGGAGUGA